AUGGGAAAAGCAAAGUCCAAGCCCGCUCUGCUCAACAAGGGCGCUGCAGAGGACGUGCAAGACCCCGCAGGGGAGAACAAGGGAGCGGCCAAUGAAGACUUACCCAUCCUCCCAAAGGGGCAGGACGGCGCAAGCAAAGGCGGGGUCUUGGGCUCAACUUCUGCGGCGGUGGAAGCAGGCAAGGGGGUCUCGCAGCUGUCCAUGCUCCUUGGAAAGCCGGUUCUGAAAGCGCCGCUUGGCGGCUUGGCGCUGGAGGGUUCCGACCUUGGGGACGGAAAGAGGGGCCGGGAGGAAGAAGAGACCCCGGCAGUUCUAAACCAGGCUUUGCGGACGGGGCUCACGGAUGCGCUUAGGGCUGUCAGCAACAGGGCGGGUUUCCCUGGCGAAUCCCUUCGCACAGACCCAGUUGUUGUCGCCAGAUGGUCAUCCCUGGAAACUCGGAGCCUGGAGAGCCUCGAGAAACUGGUCAAGUCAAAGGCGGAUGAGGAUACCCUCCGCGGAGCCAAAAACGCCCUCUUCGACGUAAAGAGCGCGGCGGAAAACCUAAAGGUGGGCAACACGAACCUCGAGCAAAAGCUGGACCACAUUCGUAGCAUGUUGGCAGCCCUACCCCACCCCCAGCCCCAGGCAAUGAUGCAGCCAUUCGCCCCACACCCCAGUUAUAACAACCCCUGGCAGCAGCAACCCAUCGGAGGCGGCUCAAACGGAAUGGCCCCCGGAGCGCAGUUUAACCCAACCCCGACUGCCCCCUUGCCCACACAAGCAGCCCCGGCCGGUUUAGGGGCUGAACAGAACGGCCCCAACCUGUCCCGAAGCAACGGCCCCCAAGCAGCGCCCCAACAGAACCGAAGGGCAUACGACAACGACUUCCCAAAAACCCAGCUUUUGGCAAUCCGGACCUUGAACGUGGAGCGAAGCCUGCCCCACUCUAGCCAGGGUAUGCAAAGCCUGCUCCGCAAAGCUGACUACCCAGAGAACGCCAUCAACGCUGCUGAGAGCUACAUCCCGCUCAAGAACAACAAGGUUGGGCCGUCGGAAACCAUCCUGACUUUCAAGGUGUGCUUUCCAAGCGCCGGCCUUCGUGCUGGUUUCUUUGAACUGGCGCAGAACCCCCAGGUCGCUAAGGCGUUGAAGCUGUUGGAUAUCAGCAUCGAGGAGUGGAAGGACAAGAGCGAUAUUCUGCUAGAACGGCAGAUGCGCUACAGCGCAAACAUCGCAAGGGGGGCAGAAAACGAGUUGGCCGCGCAGUUCAAUAAGACGGCCUCAACCUUUACUGGAUUCAAGUAG